GGGGUUCUGGUCAGAUGAGGCCACCCAGGGUUCAGUGUUCUUUUUGCGGCAGAUACCAUACGGGAGAGUGCUACAGAGCCACCGGUGCAUGCUUUUCUUGUGGUCGUCAGGGCCAUUCUGUGAGAGAUUGCCCGUAUAAGGGUAGUUCGGGUGGUGCAGCGCAGCCUACCGGAUCAGUCGCUGGGUCUUCAUCUUCGUCAGUGGCUAUGCGCCCUACGGGGCAGGGUAUUCCAGCGCCAGCGGGUCGCGGCAGAGGCCGUGGUGGAGCUUCUGGUAUUAGCGGUCCUUCGAACCGCAUUUAUGCUUUGGCCAGCCGCCAGGAUCAGGAGGCAUCUCCUAAUGUCGUCACAGGUACAGACGACAGGUUUGCUGAUCCACACGUUUAGGAUCCCGUUUCUGCUAUUUUGGGGCGCUCUCUUCUUCAGAGCCCAUCUUUUGGUACAGUCUGUCACUGUUAUCUGGAUAUGUAUAUUGUUCUGGG